AUGGGGAGAACCAUUUUGCUUCUCAUCACUGUGGUCCUCGUAUCUUAUUUUGUUUAUACCCCUCUUCCAGGUGAUAUUGAAGAGCCUUGGAGACUGAUACUCGAAAUAACAACAGAAAAUGUAUACACGAAUUUGGCUUCUAUUUCUGAAAUUCUGGGAAUCAGUCAUUUCAUGAGCACAAUACAAUUGUUUUUGAGUCUUCAAGAAGUCCCAGCCACUUCUGAUGAAAAUGUCACUGUGAUAGACACGGCUUUCAGCAGUGUUCCUGUUCGCAUAUACAUGCCCAAAAGGAAGUCAGAGACUCUCAGGAGGGGCCUGUUUUAUAUUCAUGGUGGUGGCUGGUGUUUGGGGAGUGCAGCUCUUUCUUUGUAUGACCUUCUGGCAAGAAAGACAGCUGAUAGACUCGAUGCUAUUGUCGUGUCAACUGACUAUGGCUUGGCCCCCAAAUAUCAUUUCCCACGUCAGUUUGAAGAUGUAUACAGUGCCUUACGAUGGUUCUUACAGGAAGACAUUCUUGAAAGAUAUGGCGUAGAUCCUCGAAGAGUUGGUGUAGCUGGGGACAGUGCUGGUGGGAACUUGGCUGCAGCUGUGACCCAACAGCUCAUACAGGAUCCAGAUGUCAAGACAAAACUCAAGGUCCAGGCCUUAAUAUAUCCUGCCCUUCAGAUUCUUGAUAUAAACUUACCAUCAUAUCAAGAAGGUAUAUAUUUUCCAAUUUUAACUACCUCCUUGUUGGCCAGGUUUUGGAGUGAAUACUUUACUACAGAUCGAACCCUGGAGAAAGCCAUGCUUCUUAACCAACAUGUACCUCUGGAAUCCAGCCAUCUGUUGCAGUUUGUGAACUGGAGUUCCUUACUCCCUGAGAGAUAUAAGAAAGGUCACGUCUACAAAAGUCCUACUCCUGGUAGUUCUGAACUGUCUAAAAAGUACCCAGGAUUCCUCGAUGUGAAGGCAUGCCCUCUGUUGGCCAACGACAACACUUUGAGUCACUUACCUCUGACCUAUAUCAUCACUUGUCAGUAUGAUGUCCUAAGAGAUGAUGGACUCAUGUAUGUGACGCGGCUUCAGAAUGUUGGAGUUCAGGUGACACAUCACCACAUUGAGGAUGGAUUCCAUGCAGCGUUUACCCUUCAUGGUUUUAAAAUUGCCCACAGGAUGCAAAAUCAGUACUUGAGUUGGCUUAUGAAAAAUCUAUAG